GUGCCUAGGGCGGGAGGGGGACUGGUAUAAAGCAGCGGGCACCAGCACUGAUCCAGCUCACACACCUGCGCCAGCCUUGAGUGUUUUUACCCCUUCCCGCCUGUUGACCACCAUGACCCCGGGCAUACGGGCUCCUUUCUUCCUGCUACUACUUCUAGCAAGCCUAAAAGGUUAUCUCGCCCUUCCAAGUCAGGAAGAUAGUGUCACCUCAUCUCAGGACUCAAGCAGUUCCUUAACAUCGACCACCACUCCAGUCCACAGCGGCAACUCAGACCCAGCCCCCAGCCCCCCAGGGGACUUCACCAGCACUGCAGUCCACAGUAGCACCUCGUCCCCAGUCACCACACCUCCAGGGGACUCAACCAGCACUCCAGUCCACAGCGGCGACUCAGACCCAGCCACCAGCUCUCCAGGGGACUCUACCAGCUCUCCAGUCCACAGCAGCGACUCAGACCCAGCCACCAGUCCUCCAGGGGACUUCACCAGCACUGCAGUCCACAGUAGCACCUCGUCCCCAAUCACCACACCUCCAGGGGACUCAACCAGCACUCCAGUCCACAGUGGUGACUCAGACCCAGCCACCAGCCCUCCAGGGGACUCUACCAGCUCUCCAGUCCACGGUGUCACCUCAUCCCCAGCCAUCAGCCCUCCAGGGGACUCUACCAAGACUGACAUCCACAGUAGCACCUCAUCGGCUCCAGCCACCAGACCUCCAGAGGACUCUAUCAGUACUACAGUCCACAGUGGUGACUCAGACUCAGCCACCAGCCCUCCGGGAGACUCCACUAGCUCUCCAGUCCACAGUGGCACCGUGUCCCCAGCCACCAGCCCUCCAGGAGACUCCACUAGCUCUCCAGUCCACAGUGGCACCGUGUCCCCAGCCACCAGCCCUCCAGGAGACUCCACUAGCUCUCCAGUCCACAGUGGCACCGUGUCCCCAGCCACCAGCCCUCCGGGAGACUCCACUAGCUCUCCAGUCCACAGUGGCACCGUGUCCCCAGCCACCAGCCCUCCAGGAGACUCCACUAGCUCUCCAGUCCACAGUGGCACCGUGUCCCCAGCCACCAGCCCUCCAGGGAACUCCACCGGCUCUCCAGUCCACAGUGGCGCUUCUAUCCAAACCACCAUGGCGAUAUCAGACUUAGCUAGCACUCCAACCCACAAUGGCAUCUUGGUUCCAAGUACUAGCUCUGCACUGGGUUCAGCCACCAGUGCAGUCCACAGUGGUGCCUCAACUACGACUAAUAGCUCUGAAUCACACUUGGCCACCACUCCAGUUUACAGUGGCACCCCGUUCUCCACUGCCAAGGCUACAUCAGGCUCAGGAGUCACCCCAGACCACAGUGGCUCCUCAGUGCUACCUACCAGUCCUGUGUUGGGCUCAACUGUGGGUCCAAUCCAUAAUACCUCUGCAGUGGCUACAACUCCAGCCAGCAGUGGCCCUCAGCCCUCAGUGCCACCGAGUCAGCACCCUGCCUCUCCCACCGUCCCUGCCACCUCCAGCGACAGCUCUGUUGCCGCCAGCAGCUCUCACUAUAGCACAGUACCCCUCCCGACCUUCUCCAGUAACAGUUCACCCCAGUUGUCUGUUGGGGUCUCCUUCUUCUUCUUGUCUUUUUACAUUUGGAACCACCAGUUUAAUUCUUCCUUGGAAGACCCCAGUUCCAACUACUACCAAGAACUGAAGAGGAACAUUUCUGAAUUGUUUCUCCAGAUUUUUAACCAAGAUUUUCUGGGGAUCUCUACUAUCAAGUUCAGGUCAGGCUCGGUGGUGGUAGAAUCGACUGUGAUUUUCCGGGAGGGCACUUUCAGUGCCUCUGACGUGAAGUCACAGCUUAUACAGCAUAAGAAGGAGGCAGAGGACUAUAAUCUGACUAUUUCAGAAGUCAAUGUGAAUGAGAUGCCGCUCCCUUCCUCGGCCCAGCCUUGGCCUGGAGUACCAGGCUGGGGCAUUGCCUUGCUGGUGCUGGUCUGUAUUUUGGUUGCUUUGACUAUCGUCUAUUUCAUUGCCCUGGCCGUGUGCCAGUGCCGCCGGAAGAGCUAUGGGCAGUUGGACAUCUUUCCAACCCAGGACACCUACCACCCUAUGAGUGAAUACCCCACCUACCACACUCACGGACGCUAUGUGCCCCCUGGCAGUACCAAACGUAGUCCCUACGAGGAGGUUUCUGCAGGUAAUGGCAGUAGCGGUCUCUCCUACACCAACCCGGCUCUGGCGACCACUUCUGCCAACUUGUAGGAACAAGUCACCCCACCCACUCAGGGCAGCUGUGCCAGUCCGCUCCCUCCGUGGUCACUGCCAGACCCCUGCACUCUGACCUGGGCUGGUGAGCCAGGACUUCUGGUAGGCUGUUCACGGCCUUCCUCAACCAUGUCAGCCUGGUGAAGCCCAGCCCUGCCCUGGGAGACACUGGGGUAGUGGUGGCUCUCAGAAGGACUGGCCUAGAAAACCUGGAGACGAGACAGGAACGCAAACAUGGCUAAAUAAAAGAUGGCCUCCCAUUAGUUAUA